AUGGCCUUAGUAUGUUUAUAUUGUGCUAACGUAUUUGCGGGUGGUGGCAUUAAUCGAUUUAAGCAACAUUUAGCUGGAGCUAAAGGAGAAGUUGAACAACGUCGCAAAUGUCCUCAUGAUGUUCGACAUCAAAUGCUUUUGAAUCUUAAAGGAAAUGCUGAAAAAAAAAGAGUUAGAGAAAUGCAAGCAGAUUUUAAUCCGUUUAAUGCACAACAAAGGGAGUAUGAAGAGAUGAUGAUUAGGCAAUUAGAAGAUGACGAUGAUGAUGUUGUAACAGCCAUGGGUCCUGGUUAUAAAGGACCAAAUUUACAUGUUAUUCGUGGUUAUUACUUGGCAAAAAUGGUUGAUGAAGUGAAGAUUUAUGUUGAGAGUUAUCGAGAGAUUUGGAAAAAAACUGAUGUCUCAAAGACUACUAGAUUGUUAUAUCAGUUGUUCAGAGAGGUUGUUUUGUUAUUGAUGGAAGAAUUUCCUUCAAUAUUUUGGUCUCUUUGUGCUGUUCAUUGCAUCAACCUCAUACUCCAGGACAUUGGUAAAUUGCAGUCAGUUUGUUGUGUUGUUGAGCAUGCUUAUGGUAUCACAAAAUAUAUUUAUAAUCAUUGUUAUCCAUUGUAUUUGAUGAGGAAGUUCACCGGAGGAAGUCCAGCUCCUACUUGUUUUGCUACAAAUUUCAUUGUAUUGCAAAGCAUUUUAGUUCAUAAAGAUGAGUUGAGAGCUAUGGUGACAUCUAGGGAAUGA